AGAUUGCUGGACAAUGUUACGUUGACAUCUAUUAUUCAUAAUUUUUCGUUUUCAUAUGUCGGUUUUAUAAACCGAUUGUGACAGUUGUGAAAAAGGAUUCACACGUAUAUAAAUUAACCGAUUGUGAUAGAUUUACCACAAACGUUGUUUAUUUAAGUACUUUGAUAUAUAUAUAUAUGUGCAUUAAGCGCACUCAAAGUACUUUAGUUUAAGAGGUCGGAUCAGGAAAACAGAGUACCAGUAGAAAGGCGGACGUUCGACGUAUACGUUGAUUCUACAUUUGUCUCGGUCUGUGUAAGAAACUCUUCAGUGGCACGCGUAAGUCCUCGAUUGUAAAACAGCGAAAAUAGCUCUGUGCAGAAUGAAGACAAGUUUGGAUGAUGUUCGUACCUUACUCUUUUGGAAGGCGGUUUUCGCAGAAUUUUUAGGAACUUUCAUUCUCGUGGUUGUCGGUAUUGGGUCAACAGUGCAAGGCUGGACAGCUGACCCAUUGGACAUUGUUCAGAUCGCCCUGUCAUUCGGGCUUGGCGUCGCCACCAGUGUGUGGAUCAUUGGCCACAUCAGCGGCGGCCACAUUAACCCGGCCGUCACAUGUGCCAUGCUCAUCACAAGGCGCGUCAGCCUCAUCCGCGCCAUCCUCUUCAUCGUCGCUCAAUCCAUUGGCUCCAUCGCCGGCGCCGGAAUCCUGAAGGCGUUGACGCCCGACUUCCAGAUUGGCGGAUUGGGAACGACCACCCUCAACACCGGUGUCACUAUUGCUCAAGGUUUCGGGAUCGAGCUUGUGAUCACAAUGGUGCUUAUACUGACGGUGUUCGCCGCCUGUGACAGCAAGAGGACGGACCUCGGCGGCAGUUUCCCACUUACCAUUGGCUUUGCUGUUACUAUCGGCCAUCUUUGGGCGGUGGAGUAUACUGGGUCCAGCAUGAACCCCGCCAGAAGCCUGGGACCAGCAGUCAUCAUGGAUAUCUGGACUGACCACUGGAUCUACUGGGUUGGACCAAUCACCGGAGGGUUGCUGGGAGGGCUACUAUACGACAACCUCCUGGCCUCAAACGCGUCCCUUAGGAAGGCACGUGACCUCCUUAUGGCGUCGCAUUUCGAUGACGGGAAAUACCCGGAGCAGAAACCCAACAUCCGGGUUAUUGACACCGAACAGGGAGAAAAAGGCGAUGGUGAAGUAUUGAUAAGUAACUCCUUUUGACGGCAUCUUUUGACGUCGUAGACCGUUUUAAAGAGUUUUAUCAAGUUGCCGUUUUAUUUUAGAGUUUGUUAUGCUCGCAAAGUGUAUAAUGCAUAAAAUGCCAAUUUUUUGUUUGAAAUUAAAAUAGUUGACUGUUUCUGCGUCUGAUAUAGUAUCUGGUCAACAUUUGGUAGCUGUCAAUUUCGUUUAAUUGAAUUGUUCUGUUGUUUUUUUCUGUGCGCCGUGUUUGUCUUUGUUUAUAUUUGGUUUACAUUCGGACGUGCUUGCAGUACUGUUAUUAACACGACAGAGUUAUAUAUUUUUUAUCAUGAUAAUGAUGAUUUUGUUUCCAUGAUAUUCAGAAACACUUGUUGAUUUUUUUGAAAAGUUUCCUGAUGUUUUUAUAUUUAUAGUGUGUGGAUGUUUUUGUAAUCGUGAAGCUUUAGUGUAUUUUAGUCAUAUGUUGAUACUAGAGGGCAUGUAUUGUGUUUACGACAUUGCCAUGACAUUGAUGUAUUAUGUGAACCAUAAACGUUUUUAAG